CCAUCCUGUGCUGGCUUCGCCAUCUCGCAAGCCAAAAGAGUGCUCCUCGCACUUGAGGCGACGCUGUCAUUAUUCGUCACCUUGGCUUCUCACAUUCCAGCACAAACCUUUCUCCAAGAUCCAGCUACGGCCCCAGCACUGUUUCGUAAUUUCUGCAUCUGCUGCUCCUCGGCUUUUCACAAUGUCCGCAUCACGUCAACAACCUCUGCGCGAGGCUGGUCCAGGAGGCGCGCCGAUUCAGAAAAAGCCUUAUCCAUUUUGGCUGGGAGGAGCCAGCGCAUGCUGUGCAGCCACGAUAACACAUCCGCUAGAUCUGACAAAGUACAGACUCCAGACCGCAACUGUCAAAAGAGGCAUGUUCGCUACCAUCAUCUCCACUGCCAAAUCAGAAGGCAUCACCAGCCUUUGGCAUGGUCUCACCGCCACCUGGCUACGACAGUUCAGCUACUCUUUGACCCGAUUUGCUGUGUACGAAAAGACAAAGGCUUCCUUCUUAAGCGAAGGAAAGACAAAGCCGACCAGCUUGGAGCUGGCCUUUGCCGCAGGUCUUGGAGGUGGUGUAGCCUCGAUUGUGGGCAACCCUGCAGAGAUUGUUCUCGUGCGCACUUGCUCCGAUCUGAACAGAGCUCCAGCUGAGCGCUUUGCGUACGGAAAUGCUGUCAAUGGACUUGUGCGUGUAGUUCGGGAUGAUGGAGUCAAGAUUUUGGUGCGCGGCAUGGAGGCCAAUGUGGUGAAGGGCGCGACCCUGAAUGUCGGCCAGCUGGCCGGGUACGACUUUUUCAAGAAUCUGCUCGAAAGUACCAAGGCGGUGCCCGACGGCAUGGUGGUGACAGCAGCAACCUUUUGCGCAGGAACAGCCGCAACGACGCUGGCGCAACCAGUAGAUUUCAUCAAGUCGCGCGUGCAGAACAAUAAGGAUCCAUCAGCUACGCUGGUCAGCAUCAUUCGGGGCGCCGUCAAGAAGGAUGGACCGACGGUCUUCUUUAGGGGCUGGACACCCGCUUGGCUCAGAUUGCAACCGCAAACCACCUUGCUCUUCUACUUCUUUGAGGCCUUCAAGGGCAUCAUAGACAAGCAGCGUCAGAACGCGGACAAGCUAGGCAGCUCGCAAGGUGUCGUCAAGCAGUAGUCUGCACGCUGACCUACCUCCCUGUCGCUCUGUAUGUAUGCUUCAGCGAGCCUCGUCUCGUCCAUGUAUCACCUUUUCCUUCUCCCGUCCAAGCCCUUCAUACCGCUACUUUGUGCGCCGCAUCGAGCGCGUCCACCCUCUGUUCUUCUACCUUCCAGACCCUGUAUCCAUUCACGAAACCUCUUCUACCUACACACCUCGUCACGCACAUUCUCCCAUCUCCGUCGCUUGCCACACGCAGACGCCCGCACUCACGACUGAUCAGCAAGCGGGCGAGACGCUUUGUCGAGCAGCCAA